UUUCCACUCCCAUAACUACAAUAGUAUGGCUCGGCAAUCACCCUUCGAUCUAUCCAAGUGCGCAAGACCAAACAUUCUGGCAUUGGAGCCAUAUCGAUGUGCAAGAGAUGACUAUAAAGACGACGGCACGAAUAUCCUCCUAGAUGCAAAUGAGAAUGCGUAUGGACCUGGCCUGGCACUCGGAAAUGACGGGAAACUACUCAAUAGAACUACUAAUGGCGCAUCGAAUUCAUCAAGCGCGAUUGAUGUGGAUUUGCUCGGAUUGAAUCGAUACCCAGACCCCCACCAACUAGAACUCAAACAAGGCCUCUGUAACCUUCGCAACACCCACGCCCAUACGCCCAAAACCCUUACACCCAACCACCUCUUCGUCGGCGUCGGCUCCGAUGAAGCUAUCGACGCCCUACUUCGCGCCUUCUGCGUCCCUGGUAUGGACAAGGUCCUUGUAUGUCCACCUACAUAUGGAAUGUACAGCGUCUCUGCGCAAGUCAACGAUGUUGCCCUAGUAAAAGUACCGUUGCUCACACAUGGAUUCGGACUUGACGUACCCGGCAUAACAUCUGCACUGUCGAAGGAUAUGAGUAUAAAGCUGGCAUAUCUCUGUUCGCCUGGAAACCCCACUGGUGCAUUACUCAAGAAGGACGACGUGCGGAAGAUUCUAGAACACGAGACUUGGAAUGGUGUCGUCGUGCUAGAUGAAGCAUAUAUCGACUUCGCGCCCGAAGGCUCAAGUCUUGCGGAAUGGGUCACCGAGUGGCCAAACCUCGUCGUCAUGCAAACUCUCUCCAAAGCAUUCGGUCUAGCAGGAAUUCGACUUGGGGCAGCGUUCACAGAUCCGGCGAUUGCAAGGGUGUUGAACUCAAUGAAAGCGCCGUAUAAUAUCCCGAAUCCGACUAGUCAACUAGCAAAGGCUGCACUGAGUCCGAAACAUUUAGAGGUCAUGCGAAAGAAUAAAGAUCUGAUAUUGAAGCAGAGGGAUAGGAUGCUGAAAGAGCUACCGAAGAUACCAGGAGUAGGGAAAUUUUUGGGGGGGACGGCGUCGAAUUUCUUACUCGUGGAGAUGCUAGAUGCGCCUGCGGAAAAGGGCGGGAAACCAUCGAAUGAAACUGCUUUGAUGGUAUAUGAGGGACUAGCGGAGGAAAAGGGUGUUGUGGUUAGGUUUCGAGGGAAGGAAUAUGGAUGUCUGGGAUGUUUGAGGAUUACGGUUGGAACAGAGAAAGAGGUUGAUAGAUUCCUGGAGGAAAUCAAGAUUGUGCUGCAGAGUAUUUUUAAGGGUACGGGGAAGGUAGAACCUAAAGAGGAAGAGAGGAGGGAGAAUGAAGCGAAUGCUGUGAUUGCUUGAGAUGGAAGGCUGGAAUUUUGGGGAGAAAAGCUGACCUGUUAUUGGGCUCUUACUGUGAUCUAGGACGAAUAUUUGAGGAGAGAUAUUGCUCUCAUAUUCCGGAGUGAAAAGUCGAGAACCGUAUUUCGAAGGAUAAUGGGCAUUUACAAUAGUGCAGAAAAG